AAUGCCGCUGCCUCCCGGAGCAGAGGGAGGCAGAGGAGGAGGGAGGGAGAGGAGGGGAAGGGAGGGGGAGGCGGCACUUGGGCUGCGGCGCGCAUCCAGAGGCAGUGUCUCGCGGCUCUCCGAGGGACCAGGAGCGGCAGCCGCCGAUAGGAUGCUCUGCGGGGCGCCCUGAGCCGGGGGCUCCCGAAGCGGCUUCGGGGCCAGGGCAGCGGGGCAGCGUUCACCAUGCAUCAGUCCCUGACUCAGCAGCGGUCCAGCGACAUGUCCCUGCCCGAUUCCAUGGGAGCCUUCAAUCGGAGGAAACGAAACUCCAUCUAUGUUACCGUGACUUUGCUUAUUGUGUCUGUGCUAAUUCUCACGGUGGGCCUUGCUGCAACCACCAGGACCCAGAAUGUGACUGUUGGAGGCUAUUACCCGGGAGUGAUUCUCGGCUUUGGAUCAUUCCUCGGAAUCAUCGGAUCAAACCUUAUUGAGAAUAAGCGACAGAUGUUGGUGGCUUCGAUCGUCUUUAUCAGCUUCGGUGUGAUUGCGGCCUUUUGUUGUGCCAUAGUGGACGGAGUCUUUGCUGCCAGACACAUUGAUUUGAAACCACUCUAUGCUAACCGGUGCCACUAUGUCCCCAAGACGUCCCAGAAGGAAGCUGAGGAGGUGAACUGCCCUCAUCUCAGCCGUGGAUUCUGCACACCGCGCAUCCGGGGCAACACCUGCUUCUGCUGUGACCUCUACAACUGCGGCAACCGGGUGGAGAUCACCGGCGGGUACUACGAGUACAUCGAUGUCAGCAGCUGCCAGGACAUCAUCCACCUCUACCACCUGCUCUGGUCGGCCACCAUCCUCAACAUCGUCGGUCUGUUCCUCGGCAUCAUCACCGCUGCUGUCCUUGGAGGCUUUAAGGACAUGAACCCAACUCUCCCGGCUCUGAACUGCUCUGUUGAAAACGCCCAUCCAACUGUUUCCUACUAUGCGCGUCCUCAAGUGGCGUCCUACAACACCUACUACCACAGCCCUCCUCACCUGCCACCGUAUUCUGCGUAUGACUUCCAGCAUUCCAGUGUCUUUCCAUCUUCCCCUCCCUCUGGACUUUCUGACGAGCCCCAGUCGGCCUCACCUUCGCCGAGCUACAUGUGGUCGUCCAGCGCGCCACCCCGUUACUCUCCACCUUACUAUCCACCCUUUGAAAAGCCUCCACCUUACAGCCCCUAAAGAGGAAUGUCUGCUGGCUAUUGAGAUUAUCGUGGCUUUUGUAUUUCUGCUUUAGUGGAAGUGUGUAGGGUACAAAAUUUAAAGUGUGACUCUUAACGCAUAAAGUUUUACAGUGGCCUGCCAGGCUAGGGAAAGAUAGGGUGAAGCUUGUUCAUUAUCAGUGUAGAGCAGGGGUAGCGAGGCCAACCCGUGCGUCCAUGGCGGGCAGUGCCCUUUCUAAGCAAGGCUGGGGAGCUACCCCAGCGAAAACCUUGCUUGUUUGGAUGCGCACCACACCGGGCACUACUAGUUGGGAGCAGUGCGGCUGCCAUCUGUUUCGCUUUGUGUAAAUGGAGUGCUGUCCUCCGGCCCUUGGCAGAGUGCCCCCCUAGCACCUCGGUUGAAGCACCUGGCUUAUAGGCUCUAUCUUUCCCUACCACACAAGUCAGUCCCUAAGAAAAAUUUCCCAGACGUCAGUUCCAAUACAGAGAGUUCUGGUUAGGAUUUUGUGUGCUUGUGUCUGGAUGUUGAAAAAAGCUGCCCAUCUCUCUUACUCCUUUCUUCUCUGUAUUGUAAAAAUGGCUGUUGUGAUCAUUCUGCUCAGCUUUUGUUAUCAGUACCUCCCAAAGGGAAAAGUGCAAUAUUCCCUCAAAUAGUAGGGAACAGGAACAAUUGUGCAGGAAGCACUGAAAUGCACAGAGCAACGCGUGACAUGUUGAAUGUAGAUCUGUUACACAUCUGACUUAGACGGCGGUUCUACGACAUGUUGCAGUAUUACAAAAUACAUUUGCUACAGGAGAUAUUAAUCCUACAGUUAAAAUUCUGAGUUAAAAAAAUGCUAGAUUAGGUCCUUGGGUUGUGAUAUGAAUUGUUACUAAUCUUUGUGACUACUUAAUCUUCAAAUAUUGUGCUUCAGCUCAGCAAACCGCACGUAUCUGGCACCCCACCCCAAAGGAAUCAUUUGUAUUUUAAUGCCACUGCUCUUAAUGGUCCUUUUUUCUGUUGAGACCAAUCACGACAGCAUUCAAGAUUAUGAAAGUGUUACAAUGCCGCUUCAAGUCUGCAAAAACCUCAAAAUGUAGCCAACUUGACAAUCUUUUAAGUGUUAUCAUAGAUUUAAAAUCCAUCUGGCACACUGCAGUAGGUAGCUGUACAGAUCUUUUGAUUAUACAUAGCUUUAAACCAUCGACCCAAUGAAUUUAACACUUUGGCACCCUUGCCUUCACUUCUAAAUGAACACUUUUCAUUGCGAUCUUAUGUUAACCUGAGACUUGAUUGACUUAAAGGAAGAUUGAUAAUCCUACACUUGUGUAAUGUAAAAAUACAGGGCUACAGGAGGGUACCUAAUUAGACAUUCUGCAAACACAGAACAUAUAUUGGAAAAUUUUCCAGCCAAUUUCGCUACCUCCCGACCUUAGACUUGGGGUAGCAGGCAAACGCUGGUGCUCCCGUCUACCUUGUAGACACCCAGCCAUCAAGGAUUAUCAAGGCACAACACGUGCACUCACUGUUCACAGUAAACGUUUGCAAACAUUCAAUUUAACUUCUGGCAUCACGAAUGAUGUCUCAUCCAGAUCUCAAAUCUGAAAAACUAUAAUCCUUUUAUGUUAUAUACAAUUACCAUUAUUUUCUACAGUUCUAAGCAUAUUAAAAUUCUAUUGGAUUUCAAAAAGGGACUAAUAACCAAUUGACUUACUAUACAAAUAUCAACUUGUAAUAAUGAAAUUUCUUGCCGUUUACACUUAACCUUUUGCUUUAGUAAUGUGUAUGACUAUUUCAUUUUUUAAAAGGCACCAUUACACACUAUAACCUACAUUUAUCACAUUUCUUAAAGUGUUAAGAUUCUAUGACUCAUUUCUAUGUAUUUUUCUUACUUUACAACAAAAUAACUUGAAACAGUAUAGAUUUUGUAACACUUAAUUUGAGCAGCUUCUUUUUUUAUUACAUUGAAUUAUAUAAAGUGCAUGUUACCUUAGAAAAAUUAAUAUUUGCUGCUUUACUCUUUUGCAGAACAUUUGCUGUAAUGAAGGAAUUUGUAUUUCCAAUAUGUACCUUGACUGCAUUUUGUAAUAUUUACUGCUUUAUUCCUAAUUCUGCUUUAAAGUAUCGAACUGGGCAUGAAACAUUAAAAUAUUAAUCCAGAACCUGUGUAAACUGGAUGUUGCUUAAAAUCUGUAUCACUGCCAUGUUGGAAACCCAGACUGCUUUUGUGAUGUUUCAGAUUAAUAAAACUAUCCUCCUU